ACGCAUCGCGCUCGCAUUUCGCAACAGCCAAAGUCCAACACCGCCAUUGUCACCGGCGGCUUAGCUCCCCAAACGGUCGCCGCCAUGGGCGCAGAGGCCGAGCACGUGCCCGUCCGCCCCGCGGCCGCCGUCGUCCUCGUGCCGUUCCCCGCGCAGGGCCACGUCUCCCCGAUGCUCCGCCUGGCGCGCGCCCUCGCCGCGCGCGGCGUCGCGGCCACCGUCGCCGUGCCCGACUUCGUCCACCGCCGCAUCGCCGGCGCCUGCUGCGGGCAGGAGGCCGGCGGAGAUGGCGAUGACGUCCCCGCCGGCGUGGAGAUCGCGUCCAUCCACAGCGGCGUCCCCGACGACGGUGAUGGCGAGCCCCCGGGCUUCGCUAGCUUCGGGCACGCCAUGGAGCACCGCAUGCCCGCCAACCUGGAGGAGAUGCUGACAACGACGACGACUCGCCGCCGCGGCGGCGUGGCGUGUCUCAUCGCCGACGUCCUGGCGUCGUGGGCGGUCCCCAUUGCCGCCCGGUGCGGCGUGCCGGCCGUGGGCUUCUGGCCGGCGAUGCUGGCGACCUACCGCGCCGUGGCGGCCAUCCCGGAGCUCCUCGACAAGGGGUUGAUCUCAGAUUCGGGCAUUCCCAUAUGGACAGAAAGAUUAAACAAUGGUGAUGAGCAGAAAGUAAACGGAGACCACCGCCAGAUCGGCGACGGCCUCCACUUUCUGCCUGCGGAGCUAGAGCUGAGCACGGCAGAACUGCCAUGGCUCGUGGGCAACGCAGCGUGUCAGAAAUCAAGAUUCACAGUCUGGCUCCGGACCAUGGAGCGCGCAAAGGGCCUCCGCGCCAUCCUCGUCAACACCUUCCCCGGCGAGGUUGUCGGCCACGACGACUCUGGCAGCGAGCACCUUCACGCGGCAACGGUUCUGCAUCAGAUCCUCCAAGUCGGACCACUGCCAACGGACGGUGGCGGCACGAAAGGCGAUCUCCUGCUGCGUGACUCGCCGCGCUCCAAGAACCCUAGCAUGUGGCAAGCGGACGAGACCUGCAUGGAGUGGAUAGACCAGCAGCGUGAGAGGUCGGUGAUAUACGUCUCGUUCGGAAGCUGGGUCCCGUCGAUCGGGCGAGACGCCAUCAACGAGCUCGCGCUCGGCCUGGAGGCCACCGGCCGGCCGUUCCUGUGGGCGCUCAAGGACGAGCCGUCGUGGCGAGAAGGCCUCCCCAGCCAGUACGCCGCGGCGGUCGCCGGCCGUGGCAAGAUCGUCGGCUGGGCGCCGCAGGAGGACGUCCUCCGGCACGAGGCUGUCGGCUGCUACCUGACGCACUGCGGGUGGAACUCGACGCUGGAGGCCAUACAGCACGGGGUGCGUCUGCUGUGCUACCCUGUGUCCGGUGAUCAGUUCAUCAACUGCGCUUACAUUGUCAAGAUGUGGGGGACGGGGAUCAGGCUUUGGAGCCCCAAAAGAGGAGUUGUGGAAGAUUGUGUCAAGAGGGUCAUGGAAGGGGAGGAGGGAAGGCGUAUGCAGGAUAAGGUGGAUGAGUUGCGGCAACGAGUCAUGACGGGGGAGGCGAGAUGUGCAGCAAAGAGAAAUCUUGACUCUUUCGUUGACGGAAUCAUGAGAGACGACCUUGUAUUAGGGAAAUUAUAGAUUUAUAAAAUUACAAACUAGGAACUAUU